AUGAACGAGUCUGCGGAUCCCUGCACCGACUUUCACGCCUACGUCUGUGGCGGCCGGGAUGGCGACCGGGACGCCGAGAGCACGAUCGGCACCCUGGAGCGCGCAUAUCGUCGCGACGUCGUGGAAGCGCUCGGAAAUGUUACGCCCAGCCCCAGCAGGUGCCGAGCGUCGCCGCACAUCCACGUGGCGCGCCGCAGGUUGUCCCGGACUCUGGUUUGCUGCAGUGUCGUCGCCUCGGCCGUUGCCGUGGCCGCGCUCUCGCUGCUCGUGAUCCGCCACGGCGCCAUACGAGCGCCUCCAUCCUUGUGCGAGACUGGGGACUGCGUCCGGCACGCCCAGUCCAUUCUGGCCACCAUGAACGAGUCUGCGGAUCCCUGCACCGACUUUCACGCCUACGUCUGUGGCGGCCGGGAUGGCGACCGGGACGCCGAGAGCACGAUCGGCACCCUGGAGCGCGCAUAUCGUCGCGACGUCGUGGAAGCGCUCGGAAAUGUUACGGCUUUCCUGACAGCGCGCGAGAUCCCCACAGCGGCCAUUAAAGCAUUCACCGCCGUUGCCGACUGCUUGAGCGGGAGAGAUGAAGCGACCACGCAAAACUUCACGGAGUUCAUGAGGGCUCGCGGAGUUCCCUGGCCACAUCAACCAAAUGCCUCCGUAAUUGAACGCGGCGCACUGGGUGUACUCGGCGUGCUUCUAGACUUAGCUAUCAAUUGGGGUGUGGGCCUCUGGUUCGAAGUUACCUUGUCACAAGAGAUAUCUCCUUACAGCGUUCCUCUAGUUAUCAUACGAGAAUCUGGACAGCUGCCCCUGCAGCGCAUGGAGCAACUCGCGGGUCUCGACGAGUUCGCAUAUCAAGCUCUGAUUCAAAACAUGUCCCUUCAGCUGUCCGAAAGAGAGGUCACUCUACACGACGCUGCAGUGGCCGAACUACGUGCGGACGAAAACUCCUUCAAAAGGAUACUCGCUGACGGCAAGGGCGAGGACGCCGGCGAAAGGUUCGACACCAUGAUGCGUGUCGGUGACCUCGCGACUGUGUUUGGCGGAGCCGUUUCGCCACUGGAGCUGACGGCACUGCUGGUCAAGCACUUUAGUGACACUGUUUCGAACUUCUCUGCCGAUACCAGAGUGCUCGUCCUGAACAGGAAGCAGUUCGGCCAGAUCGGCAGCCUGGUGGGUUCGCUGCCUCCCCGUCGUCUUCUGAACGUCAUCGGGUGGACUUUCGCGUACAGUUACGCGUGGAUCGCGAACGUCGACGUCCUCUCUGCGCCUCCGCAUGACGAGCUCUACGUUUACGCGCGCUGCUUCGUUGCCGCCCAGGAGUCCUUCGGCAUCGUGCAGGCGGCCCCAAUCUUCCGAGCAGCGUUAAACGCCCAGGAGAGGCAGCGAGUCGUGGAGAUAUUGGAAUGCACUUCGACGACGCUUGCUUCCAUAAUCAAGAAAUCGCCGAGGCCAGCAGAGUCGACGAAGAAGGAAGCGAUAGCGAAGGUCGGUUCGCUUUCAUCGCGCUGGUUGUGGCCGCCUGUGCGCUACCUCUAUGGUCCGUCACUGGACUUGUUGUACUCCAGCUUUCCCGAUGGUGGGAACACUUUCUUCGAAACUUGGAUGCUUUCGAAAGUGGCCCUUAGGGCGGCGUUCAACAGUUCGUACUACGGAAGUAUCAUGACCUCCAGGUACCGGUGGCGAUCGGGCGGCGUGCUCUACCUGUACGCGCUGAACGAGCUUUGUCUGAGCCUUUCGGCGGUGUUUCCACCAUCUUACCUGCAAGGAGGCUCCACAGCCAUGAGCUACGCGGGCCUUGGGUUUCAGCUUGCCAGGCAGAUCGUGCGCUCCGUGGACCUGCGUGGCCGUGCGCUGGACAGGACAGGUCACAGCAAGUGCUGGUGGAAAUUGAGCAAGCGCGGAGAGCGGCCGUGCAGGCUCGACCGUGCAAAGUCUGCCAAGGAGCGCCUGCUAGUGGCCGAUCUAUUUGCCCUCGACGUCGCAUUGGAAGCCAUGAGGGCAAGUUUGUUGCAGGACCCCACCGAGCCACCGCUGCGACUGAAGUCGCUCGAGAGACUGACCGAGGUGCAGACGUUCUACGUCAGCUACUGCAGUCACUUCUGCGGAGAGCCCCGCGGCCUAGUGAUGUGCAACCUGGCCAGGAACGGCUCUGAAUUCGGCAGCGCAUUCGGCUGCCGGCCGAGACCGCAGACGGGGCCGACUUGUCUGUUUGUGUAG